AUGAGGCCGGUCCCGGUUCUGAUCCAGGUGAGCUCAGGUGAGGCCGGUCCCGAUCCCGGCCAGGUGAGGCCGCCGGAAGUUCCCGCGCAGGUGCCGGGGGUGUGUUUUGGGAUGGGGGAGGGGCGGAUCCGGGCCAGGGACCACCCCCUCCCCGACUUCCGGGUGACGCUGGGGGUGCUGCGGCUCCUGGCCCCUCCCCCCGACGCCCAGGUGAGGGGCGUGGCCUCGGUGACGCGCCACCCGGCCUAUCGCGACGGAGGGGGAGGGGGAGGGGACCUGGCGCUGGCCCGGCUGGACCCCCCCGCCCGGAGCUCGCGCUUGGUGCGGCCCGUCUGCGUCCCCCCCCCCGGGGAAUGGUUCGGGCCGGGGACGAACUGCACCGUCACCGGCUGGGGACACGUCAGGACGGCCGUGCCGCUGCCGCCCCCCAAGACGCUGCAGCAGGUGGAGGUGCCUCUGCUGAGUCAGCGCCACUGCCACUGCCUGUGUGUCCCAGGGUGA